UCUCCGACCGCGCGCCUCCGUGCGCAGUCAAAUGGCGCCUCUCCAGAGAUACACAGUGACCAGUCCGAUCAGCUGAUGCCAAUUAGGGCAGAAAGCGCUUCUCUGAUAUAUUAGCCUCUUUCUGUGCUAUGAUUCUGUGAGGUUUUAAUUUUUAAUUUAUCUGUGGCAAAUGUGGACGAAUAGGAAGACAUUGUGCUUAGCUGUGCAUGGAGCUGAUGCUAUUCUUAUAACGGAUUGACAACUAAUAGAUUCAUCCUAAGUUUCCCAGAUCCGCAUACCAUGAGCAGCUCUCGCUACAAACCCAGCUGGGACGUGGACCUGGCGCCCCUUCUGUCCUGUAAACUGUGCCUGGGAGAGUUUCCCCUGGAACAGAUGACCACCAUCUCCCAGUGCCAGUGCAUAUUUUGCAGUCUGUGUUUGAAGCAAUAUGUUGAACUCCUCAUUAAAGAGGGCCUUGAAAUGGCUAUUAGCUGUCCAGACUCUGCCUGCCCAAAACGGGGACAUUUGCUGGAAAACGAGAUUGAGUUUAUGGUGGCUAGCGAAGUCAUGCAACGUUAUAAGAGACUCCAGUUUGAGCGAGAGGUGCUUCUGGAUCCUUGUCGGACCUGGUGCCCAUCGUCCUCAUGCCAAGCUGUGUGCCAACUGAAUGAAUCAGAAGUGCAGCUGCCGCAGCCGGUACAGUGCCCUCAGUGCAGUCUGCGUUUCUGCUCCGCCUGCAGGGCAGACUGCCACAGCGGCCAGGCAUGUCAAGAGAGCCUGCCAAUUACCACCUUCCUGCCUGGGGAAAACGGCUCCAACCUCAAGAGUGAGGAGGACGAGGCUCCGAUCAAACGCUGUCCUAAAUGUAAGGUUUACAUUGAGAGAGAUGAAGGCUGUGCCCAGAUGAUGUGUAAGAACUGCAAGCACGCCUUCUGCUGGUACUGCUUGGAGUCAUUAGACGAUGACUUUUUACUGAUCCACUAUGAUAAAGGACCCUGCCGGAAUAAACUGGGUCAUUCCAGAGCCUCCGUCAUCUGGCAUCGGACACAGGUUGUUGGGAUUUUUGCUGGCUUCGGUCUGCUGUUACUAGUGGCCUCCCCUUUCCUUUUGCUGGCCACUCCUUUCGUGCUUUGCUGCAAGUGCAAGUGUAAACGUGGCGACGACGACCCUCUUCCCACCUAGCUCCGUUUCAGCUUCAGGAGGUGAUUUUCCACUCAUUUGACAGAGGAUCGGCUGUGAUCCCGUCUUGUUCUCCUGAGCACACUUUGCAGGUGCACUGGUCAAAGACUCAUCUGUUCGUGAGACUGCUCUUCUGAAUAUGUUGACUUGCAUUGAAAGGUGUUACGGAGGAGCAGAGAAGCUGAUUGGAUGAGACAUUGGAGUUAAACAGAUCUGUAGUGUUUGGAAGCAAACACUUUGUUCUGUCUUUUUGUUAAACAUUGUCUUGAAUCUUUUCUCAGCCUCACUGUUUCUUCACUUUAUGUGGUAUUAAGGUUAACUAAGCUAUUUUUUGAUGUUGUUUAUCCUGACAUAUAACAAACACUUGACAGGAAACAUUUCUUAGCAGUGCUUUCAGAAUUUUCUUGUAGCAUGGUCACCUAACCUCAAUAUCUCAGCCAGUUUGUUUCAGUUUAAUUGCAUAUGCAUGCUGGUGGCCGAGGAUGUUUCACUUUCAUACCUCGCACACAGGGGCUCUAAUGAGCCUCAGGCUACCACUUGCUUUUAUAUGCUUCCUAUACGCUCUUUCUUAGGACGGUAAAACCUUGUUCUUCCAUUUGAAUCUUCUCAGAUACUGUACACGCACCAUAGACGUAGCAGACAUGUCACCUGAUGCCUUCUCGAAACUUAUUAUUAUCCUGGUAUCAGACAGUUGGUCACAUAUCAAUCACUGAUUAUAACUGAGCUUUCACAAACGUAUCAUUAAAGUAAGCUAAUAUUUUAUACACAUUGUAAAUUAUGUCAUCUACAGAUACAUUUUGUUAACAUAACACGUAUUUUGGCUUUUGUUUGUGUUUCCAACCCAGAAGGGUCUUAUCCACAACCUGUUGAAGAUGCAAAUGCAACCUGCAUUACCAUGUGCCUGUCAAUUUAGGUCAGAGUAAUCAGGCCAGUGAGGCUUAACUUCUUACUUUUCAGGUCACUCUAGGAGUUGUGUAUUUAUUUAAUUAAAUAAUUUUUUGGGAGUAAUACUUUUGGGAACAAUUUGCCAAAUGUGAUGUGUAAGCCCACAUGUUCACUGUCUAGCACAUAAAUAACUGGUUGAUGACUAGGGUACACCUAGUUUUUGUUCUUGUUCUUUGUUAAAUACAGUACGCCUUGAAUGUUUUUUUUGUCUUUUUUUUCUCUUUCUUUGUUGUUUUUGAAACUUUUUGUAGCUAACUGUAUAUAAU